UCCCCUAUCUUUCUGUACAGUACAGCACAAUGUGUUUUCCCACUCUGUUAGUUAUUACGCUUCUUUAAAAAGCUUCUGCACCAGCAAUUCAAAGGAUCUUACCAACAGACUCUACAUUACCUGCAUUAAGCCUCACCUGUACUGACCACCAGUGUUGGUUUAAAGGAAUUGCCCAAGUGUCUGUGCGACACCAUGUCCGUGGUCAAAAUCCUGUGCUGUUUGCUGUUAACGUAUCAUCUCAAUGAGGGGAAGAAAAUCAAAGGAAACAGAGCAGUGGACACAGAGCAGAGGGUAGUCCUGAGGGUGAAAGAUCCGUACGUCAGCAGCUCGGUCUUCAGGAUGUUUUUAGAAGGUGAGGACAACUGCACACUGGAUCCUCUGCAGCUGCACACGCUCACCUCCUGUGGCUUCAACAGCAGUAAUCCCCUCAUCAUCAUCACUCACGGGUGGUCGCUGGAUGGUAUGAUGGAGAGCUGGGUGCUCAGGUUAGCCACAACCCUGAAGACAAAUCUAAUAGAUACCAACGUGGUGAUUACUGACUGGCUGUCCCUGGCUCACGCGCACUACCCCACAGCUGCACAGAGCACUCGCACUGUUGGAAAAGACAUAGCUCACCUGCUGCAGUCACUUCAGGUACAUUACCAGUACCCAGUUAGAAAGGUUCAUUUGAUUGGCUACAGCCUUGGGGCUCACAUCUCUGGAUUUGCUGGAAGCUAUCUGGAUGGUUCGGAGAAGAUUGGAAGAAUUACAGGUCUCGAUCCAGCGGGGCCACUGUUUGAAGGCAUGUCUCCCACAGACAGACUGUCUCCUGACGAUGCUGAAUUUGUGGACGCCAUCCACACCUUCACCCAGAAACAUUUGGGCCUCAGUGUGGGCAUCAAGCAAGCUGUGGCACAUUAUGACUUUUACCCCAACGGAGGAGACUUCCAACCUGGAUGUGAUCUGCAUAACAUUUACGACCACAUAUCCCAGUACGGGCUCAACGGUUUCGAGCAGACAGUGAAAUGUGCUCAUGAGCGGUCCGUCCAUCUAUUCAUUGACUCUGUGCUGAACAAAGACAAGCAGAGCAUGGCUUACAGGUGCAGAGACAAAAGUGCUUUUGACAAGGGCGUCUGUCUGGACUGUCGUAAGAAUCGCUGCAACACACUGGGCUACAACAUCAAGAAGGUCCGUAGUGGCACCAGCAAGAGGCUCUACCUGCACACACGCUCUCGGAUGCCUUACAAAGUCUAUCAUUACCAGUUCAGGAUCCAGUUUGUCAACCAGAUGGAGGGGAUCGAGCCCUCUCUUACCAUCUCCCUCACUGGAACAAAGGAGGAGAGUGGAGACGUCCCCAUCACUGUCACUGAAAAUAUGUCGGGGAAUAGGACCCACACCUUCCUGAUCACCCUGGACAGAGACUUAGGGGAUCUGAUGUUGCUCAAAUUGCACUGGGAAGGAUCAGCUCUGUGGAAGAACAUGUGGAACCGGGUGAAGAACGUCAUUCCCUGGGGCGGCCAGGGGACAAAGCCGCUGCUGACUGUGGGCAAGAUCAGCGUCAAAGCAGGCGAGACGCAGAAGAGGACGUCUUUUUGUGCCAUGACAAAUGAUGGACAGCAUGUUGAAGUGUCGCAAGAUAAAGAGUUUGUGCGCUGUAAAGAUGACGCACCAAGACAGCACCGAAGAAAGCACAACUAGGCUAAUAGACUCGUGUGAGUUCCUUAAUCUGUUUAACAGACUGAAGAUCUCUAACGGAUGGACUGCCGGCUCGCAAUUGCAUGAAAGUCUGUUAACCUCCUUAAAGUAAGGCUGUGAAGAUUAAGGGAGUAAAUUACAAACGAUUAAUUGUCGGAAAUGUGUUCUUAAAUUAUUAAAAAGCUAAGAAUAGCACAGUGUAAUUUAAGGAACCAGCCCAUAUUUACCUUUCUGUCUACAUACAAAUGUCUUUCAGGGUAUGAAAGUAUGUUUGAAGUAUGAAAGAAGGUAUGUUGAAAGUUUGCCAGUUCAAAUAUUAACCAGACAGUAAAUACAGAGUCAGACGUUCAAUGACCUUUUGCUGAUGUUAAUUCCAAAGGCUGUAUAUGUAUUUUUUUCUAUGUGUGUAUGUAAAAUGAUCAAUCUAAGUAUUUAAAAACCUAUGUAAGUCUUGAUCAAUCCCAUCAUGUGUCAAACCAGAGCAAUAAAUAUACACCCUUUCUUUUCUGUAA